AUGAAUGACACGGCUUUUGGAAGCUCGAUCAACAGCAAUGGAGAUACUACAGGUGCUGUUCCUCACAACCUUGGUCAAGCCACUAGCGACAGAAACCGCCCACCAUCGGUGGGGAAUUCUGGCAAUAUGACACCCCUCCAGCAAAAAGCGCAUAUACAGCAGCAGCAACAGCAACAACAACGUUUGCUGAUGCAGCAGAAGCUACGACAACAACAGCAGCAGCAGCAGCAAGCUAUGCAAAACUAUGAAAACCAAUUUUAUCAAUUUCUCAUGACGGUUAACAAGAAGCCUAAGCGGCUCUAUAAUUUCGCAGAAGACCCAGAUGCCAUAUUAAAGAAAUACGAGCAGUUUCGUCCCAGCUUCGAAUUCCACAUCUAUGAGAACAAUUAUAAGAUCUGUGCACCCGCAAACACCAGAGUUCAGCAGCAACAAAGAACACCACAAGCAACGAGCGACGGUCUCAUUUUGAACAAGAACAACUCUACCUUGAAAGAAUUCCUGGAAUACGUGGCCAGGGGCUGCAUUCCCGAAGCCAUAAUGGAGGUCCUUAAAGAUUGCAACAUUCAGUUUUAUGAGGGGAACCUAAUUUUACAAGUCUACGACCAUACCAAUACUGUUGAUGUUAAACAGACUCAAAAGAAGACUCCAGAACCAACACCCACCAAUGGCGCAGGCGUCCAAAAUCCUACAGUAACUUCUAGUAGCGCGCCAACUUCUGAAUCGACGGGAGCGACACCUACUGCCUCUAAUCAAGGCGUACGGCCAGAUUUACAUGGCCAACCUUCAAGUAGGCCAGUCGAUAAUGUUAAUGAUGUGGCGGCAACUUCAGGAUCGCUGAAGAAGGCACCCUCGAAUGGAGAAACUAUUGGUUCUGCCAGUGAAUUUGGGGAGUCAGGAGAUGCAAAGUCCGCAAAGGAGAUUGUUGCAACGUUUAAACGUCCUAGGGUCUACCGCACGCUACUGCGACCCAAUGGUCUGACCCACUACUACGAUAUGCUCUCUUACGCAGAUCACACCAGAUUCUCUGAUAAUAUAUACCAACAACUAGAGUCAGAAAUUCUCACGCUUACGAAACGAAACCUGGAUCUUGAUGUGCCCCUGAAUCCUUACGAGCAUCGAGAAAAGCUGGAUGACGUUGAUUUUCUACCAUUCGACAAACAACUGCACCGUGAGCUGUCCACGCGAAAGGGCACAAAAGGUCAAGUUGGACACAUUGACCUCCAUGAGGAGUCACCACAACAUAGUUCUAGUUAUGAACAGAUGAUGCUAAUUAUGAGUGAAAGAACGUCAACUACAACGAUGUCCACAAUUGCCGCUUCCUUAGCAAAAGGAGCCGCAGAUCUAACAAAUAGUUCUUUGAAAAAUAGUGGCGGAAAGAAUUCUCCUACUACUUCAAGUACUCCCGGGAGGGGAAACACCAGUAAUUCGGUAGCCGCUGCCGCUGUUGCUGCUGCGGCUGCUGUUGGUUCAAGCAGUAACGACAAUAACCAAUUUAGCAGGCUAAAAUUUGUGGAGCAGUGGCGUGCCAAUAAAGAGAAGAGAAAACAACAGGCGAUGAAUGCAAACAUAGCGCCUGCAAGUUAUAAUCAGCGCAUCUCGAUGUCCGCUCCUCUAAGUGCGCAGCAAAUAAAACAGCAGCAACAGUCUUUAGAGCAGCAAAAAGCAAACGCCAAAGGACCAGUUGAUGAUGAUAAAGCGAAAGUUAAGAAGCCACGGAAAACUGUGAAGAAAAGCACACCAGCAGCUACAACAGACUCUUCCAAGAAAAAGAAGACAGCUAAGACUAAGAAAUAA